GUUACCUGCCAGGUAGGAUGUGGCAGGGAGAGCAAAAAAUGAGUAAUAUUCCUACGUUUUUCUGAAAGGAAUAAAGCUCGACUUACGUACGGAGCGCGGCAUUUUACAGAAGGUAACGGGAAACAUGACAGGAGCAAGGCAGGGUGCUGAUUGGGUAAAACUGCCUCUCUGACACCUCUGCCAUCCAACAAGACAGCAAGGUCACUCGAAGGUCACAGAGAGCAAGGUGGACAGAUUGACGGCGAUGGCCCGGAGCAUCAGCUUUCACCUUGACCUCUCAGAAGCUGAGGAGGGGCAGCAAUCCCUGGACUUCUCUCCAUACGACGAGAACAUUGUCCACGACUCCUUCAAUGAGCUGAUCGAGGAGCAGAGCCAAAGUCAGGAUGGGUUUGAGGUCUUCGAGAUGGAAGACAUGGCUGACAGGGGGAGAGAAAACCCAGCCUUCCUGGCAUCUCCGCUGCACGGCCGCAGCAACAGGGAGCAGAGACGGGAGGAAGAACCGCUGCUGAGUGAAAACUUCUCCCCGGUCACCCUGAGAGUGUUGUCUGCCAUGCCGAGCCGCACCAUCGGCCGCAAUCGCGGAGCAAUCAUCUCGCAGUACUACAACCGCACAAUGAAACUGCGACGCCGACGAAGCCGGCCGUCCAUCCGGGACCUGUCCCGCUCCGCCCGCCCCAGUAUCUGUGGAUACCGAGUGGAGACGGACCCAGAGGCAGCAGCAGAGGAAGAAAAUAGACAACACCUGAUCGACAACUUGCAGAACCUCUCUGUGAGUGAUAGGGGGCGUAUGCUGAAAACCAUGCCCCUCAGCCUGCUGGAGAAGAAGAGUCUGAGACAUGCCUGCAAUUCGAAGGGGUUUCCCCGUUCCAGGAACCAGAUACCCUGCUGCAGUCAGCUCAAAUACUACCUCAUCAUCGGUUUUCGUCAUGGCUGGUACAGUUUGCUCUCCUUCCUGCACUCUCUGCAGCUGUGGCACGUGGCCCUGAAGAAGUUAAGCGGACGCUUCGGCACUGGCGUUCUCUCCUACUUCGUCUUCCUCAAGACGCUACUGCUCUUCAACGUCUUCCUCCUCCUCGUCAACGUUUUAUUCCUCGCUGUCCCACAGGCAGCCCACCCGCCCAGCGAGCAGACCCACCGCCCCCCCUUCCAGGGGCUGGAGGUGCUCACCGGGGCUGGCUAUUUCACAGAUACGGUCCUGUACUAUGGUUACUACACCAACUCCACUGUGAAUGGCUGCGGUCCGGAUCGUAACGGCUCGGGGUGCACCGUGGGUCAGAACAGCUUGGACAAUAACACCCGCAUGCCCUACAACAUUCCCCUUGCAUACUUCUUUAUCAUUGGGGUCUCCUUCUUCAUCACCUGCAUCAUUCUGGUCUACAGCAUGUCCAAGUCCUUCGGGCAGAGCUACCGCAUUGACAACCCUCACGGGGACCUCGCCAUGAAGAUGUUCUGUUCCUGGGACUUCAAAGUAAUUAAGAAGAGCUCCGUGAAGCUCCAGUGUGAGAAUAUCUGCACACAGAUGAAGGAGCUGCUCUCUGAGCUGGCUCGGGCAUCAGGACAGCAGACUCUGCUACAGAGGCUGGCAAGGAUGAUGGUGCACUUGCUGGCCUGGGUCAUGUCUCUGGGGAGCACCGUGGCGUGUGCCAUGGGCAUCUACUACUUCUCCACAUACAUGCACAAGGACCUGACCACGAGAGUGUCUCGUAACGAGACCUUGAUCCACGUGGAGGCGAGCCUGCUAGCCCUGCCCGUGGUGGUGUCCACAGUGAACCUGCUUAUGCCGGGCCUCUUCAACGCGGCCGCGUGGAUGGAGCAGUACGAUGCACCCAGCACACAGGCCUACGUCGCCAUCUGCAGGAACUUGCUGCUGAAGAUGUCUGUGCUGGGAGUUCUGUGUUACCACUGGCUGGGAACAACCAUCAGCGGUCAUGUGACUCUUUCAAAACGGGUUCGGCAGAAUGGCUCUACUGGGGGGCUGGAGUGCUGGGAAACCUUCGUGGGUCAGGAGCUGUACCGUUUCUUGCUGAUGGAUUUCAUCUUUACAAUCUUGGACACCAUCUUCGGCGAGUUUGUGUGGAGGUUAUUUUCUCAGAAAGUGCUCAAGAGGAAAAGGAAGCCCGUGUUUGAUAUCGCCAGGAACGUGCUGGAGCUCAUAUACGGACAGACUCUCACCUGGCUAGGAGUGCUGUUCUCACCGCUGCUUCCUGCGAUCCAGGUUAUUAAACUGGUUCUUUUAUUUUACAUUAAAAGGACCAGCCUAAUGAUGAACUGCCAGGCCCCCAGCAAACCCUGGAGAGCCAGUCAGAUGACCACCAUCUUCAUCACCCUCCUGUGCUUCCCAGCAUUCCUAGGGGCAGCCGUGGCUGUCACCUACACCAUUUGGACAAUAAAGCCCUCGGAGGGGUGUGGGCCUUUCAGGACGCUGGACACCAUGUUCGAGUCAGGGAAGAUCUGGGUUCGACAGCUGGAGGAAAUAAAUUCCAAUUUCUCCUGGUUCACCUGGAUUCACAAGUACCUGGUGGAGAACCCCUUCUUCCUGUUCGCUGCUGCUGGCGUCCUUCUAAUUGUGAUUUAUUUCCACGCGCAGGUUGUGGGUGGACAGAGGAAAAUCAUCUCUUUGUUACAAGAGCAAAUCGAUAAUGAGGGAGAGGACAAGAAAUUCCUGAUCACGCGCCUGCAGGAUAUUUAUGAGAAGAAGCGGCCCAUUUCUGUGCGGUUUAAACAAAAGGAGAGAAGGGUAAGCUUGAAAUCAUUGCCCUGUGGUUCCCCCUGAUUGGGUCCUGUUUGCUGAGGAGCCCAACAUCGGUAUAACCAGUUAGCAGCACAAAUGUACAUAUUUGAUAGGGGAGGGCAAGGACACCCAGCCAGCCAGUGAGCGAGGAAAAGGAAUCUGCAAACAGUACAGCUCCGAGAACAGACCGCUCAUGUACUGUAAGAAUCGCAGCGAGGCAAAGCCAUUCGACCAAGAAAUAAAAUGGCUAUGUACUUAAUUCAGAGCUGGGGUGCACAAAUAAAUGAACUUCGAAUGAAUGGCUCCUCAAACUCCCACAGCUGAACUGGGCUUCAGUUCAAGAGUAGUGCUAGUCGGGGGCUGUGAAACCAGCCGUAUGUGUUCAUUGUAUGCUGUGAUCAUUCUCUUUUUAUUUUACGUUUGCAGGAUGACAGUCGGAAGUUAUCCUCGUGAUAGAUAGGAGGAC